GAUGUGGAGCUGACGGACCCCCGUGGCCGGACGCCCCUGGAACUGGCCGUGUCCCUGGGCCACCUGGAGUCGGUGCGGGUGCUGCUGCGGCACAACGCCAACGUGGGCCGGGAGAACGCCAACGGAUGGACGGUGCUGCAGGAGGCCGUGAGCACGGGGGACCCCGAGAUGGUGCAGCUGGUGCUCCAGUACCGCGACUACCAGCGGGCAACGCGGCGGCUCGCCGGCAUCCCCGAGCUGCUCAGCAAGCUCCGGCGGGCGUCCGACUUCUACGUGGAGAUGAAGUGGGAGUUCACCAGCUGGGUGCCGCUGGUGUCCAAGGUGUGUCCCAGUGACGUGUACCGCGUGUGGAAGCGCGGCGAGAGCCUGCGGGUGGACACCACCCUGCUGGGCUUCGAGCACAUGACGUGGCAGCGCGGCCGCCGCAGCUACAUCUUCAAGGGGGAAGACGAAGGGGCCGUGGUGAUGGAGGUGGACCACGACAAGCAGGUGGUGUACACGGAGACACUGGCGCUGGCCCUGCACGAGCCCGACCUGCUGCUGGCAGCCAUGCAGCCCACAGAGGAGCACGUGGCCGGCAGGCUCACCUCCCCCAUCGUCUCCACGCACCUGGACACCCGGAAUAUCGCCUUCGAGAGGAACAAGUCUGGGAUCUGGGGCUGGCGCUCGGAGAAGAUGGAGGUGGUCAGCGGCUACGAGGCCAAGGUGUACAGUGCCAGUAACGUGGAGCUGGUCACCAAGACCAGGACGGAGCAUCUCUCGGACCAGGACAAGUCACGCAGUAAAGGCUCCAAGACCCCCUUCCACUCCUUCCUGGGCAUCGCACAGCAGCACAGCACCCACAACGGGGCGCCCGUGCUGCAGGCUGCCAGCCCCACCAACCCCACAGCCAUCACCCCUGAGGAGUACUUCGACCCCCACUUCGACCUCGAGACCCGCAACAUCGGGCGCCCCAUCGAGAUGUCCAGCAAGGUCCAGAGGUUCAAGGCGACGCUGUGGCUGUGCGAGCAGCACCCGCUGUCGCUGGCGGAGCAGGUGACGCCCAUCAUCGACCUCAUGGCCAUCUCCAACGCCCACUUCGCCAAACUGCGCGACUUCAUCACGCUCAAGCUGCCCCCCGGCUUCCCCGUCAAGAUCGAGAUCCCCCUCCCCACCCCACAGGUGACCAUCUGGGAGGCGCUGACCAACACCCGCCCAGGCGCGGAGCCGCCGCCCUACGACGAGGACCUGCAGCUGGAAAGGGCCCUGCAGGAGAGCAUGCUGCUGCAGGCCAGGCCCAGCACCGACCCCCCGGCCGCUGGGAGCCCCCCCGGUGCGGGUGGUGGGAGCCCCCCGGCCCCCCCUGGGUACGGCACCUUCGCGGAGCAGCUGCGCCUGGCCAUGGCCCUCUCGGAGCGGGAGCAGGAGGAGCGGGAGCGACGGCGGCGUGAGGAGGACGAGGAGCUCCAGCGCAUCCUGCGCCUCUCCCUCACCGAAAAGUAGCGCCGGGACACUCUGUACCAGGACAGGAAUGUCCCGCACCGGGACAGGGAUGUCCCACGUGGGGUCACGCCAUGCAGGGACACGGAUGUCCCAUGUGGGGACACACCCCUUGCAGGGACAGGGACACCCGACCCAGGGGACACCUCAGCGUGGGCACUGUCCUGCACUGGGACACCCUAGUUUGGGCAUAGCCCUGCCGGGGUGGCCCCCCCGUGAUGGGGACCCCCUGAUGUGGGCACAGCCCCCGCACGGGGGGAUUUGAUCCAGGGAUCCUCCUACCCCCAGGACCCCCAUUCCAGGGCUCCUCUCCCACCAGGCUCAAACCUCAGCCCAGGGAUCCUCACCUGGGGACCCCCACCCCAGGAACACCCCAACUUCCAGGACUCCCUCCCCUGGGACCUCCCUCCUCUUUAGUGUUGUACCUUGAUCCCCUGGGGGGCAGGACGGCCCCGAGGGAUGUGGGUGACCCCUAUUUAAAGGCACUCCAGUGGGGGGGCUGCUGGGGGACCCCCAGGCCUCAUCCCUCGGGGCAGUGGGGGGAGCAGGG